AUGUCUUCGAGUAACAAAGACGGAACCAGAGAGGUUUUUAAGUGGAGUGAUGAGGACACAAUCAUCUUAUGUGAAGUUUGUCUUACGUUCAUUAAGGAUAAUGGCAAGGCACAAUUUUUCAAGUGGAAGGACAUUCAAAUGGAUGUCGAAAAAAAGAUUGGACGUGAACUUAGUAACCCGAAUUAUUGCAAGAACAAAUAUGAUGCAAUGAGGAAAGAUUGGCGUAAUUGGAAAGCUUUAAAGCUAUCAGAAACUGGUUUAGGGUGGGAUCCAUAUACAGGAAAAAUUGAUGCUUCAACUGAGUGGUGGCAAAGAAAAAUUGAGGAGAAUCCAGAGUAUAAAAAGUUCCGACUAAAGGGUGUCAACAUGGAACUGGAAGUGAAAUGGGAAAGCUUAUUUGGGGAUUCUUAUGCUACAGGAGAAAAUGUUUAUGUACCAUCAAUGGAUCACAUUGAAGACCUUACUGUAGACAAUGAAAAAAUUGAGGAAGAGAAUGUAGGAGAACAUGGAGGUGAGACCUAUUUUUCAAGUAACCAAUUUACUGCUGCUUUGCUAAAUUAAGAGAGGUU